CCAUGGCAACCGUCACCUCGGUAACCAGUAAACCCAAAAGCAAGUGGAGGCCGCUGCCCCUGGACACAGUGGAAAUGGAGAAGCUGGUUUCCAGGAAGUUGAGAAUCGGCGCCAAAGAGACCAUGAAGAUCGCUGAGAAACUAUACACACAGGGGUUAAUCAGUUAUCCGCGUACAGAGACCAACCUGUUCCCUAAGGACCUGGCCCUGGGCCCCCUGGUGGAGCAUCAGACACACAGCCCCUCCUGGGGGGCCUUCGCUAGGGGGGUGAUGGAGCAGCCAGGGGGACCCAACCCACGGCAGGGCACCAAGACAGAUCAGGCUCAUCCCCCUAUACACCCCAUCAAGUACACCAGCACUCUACAGGGCAACGAGCAGCGUGUGUAUGAGUUCAUUGUGCGCCACUUCCUGGCGUGCGUAUCCCUUGAUGCUGUGGGGCAGGAAACGGUGGUCGAGGUGGAAAUGGCUAACGAGAGGUUCUCCGCCAACGGCCUCAUGAUCAUCAGGAGGAACUACCUGGACGUGUACCCCUACGACCGCUGGAGCACUAAGGUGAUCCCAGUGUAUGAGCAGGGUAGCCAGUUCCAGCCGUCAGCCAUAGAGAUGCUGGAUGGCCAGACCUCUCCUCCUCAACUCCUCACAGAGGCAGACCUCAUAUCACUGAUGGAGAAACACGGCAUCGGUACGGAUGCCACCCACGCAGAUCACAUUGAGACCAUAAAGAGCCGUAUGUACGUGGGACUAACAGCUGAUCAGAGGUUUCUACCAGGAGAACUGGGGAUGGGACUGGUGGAGGGGUAUAACUCCAUGGGGUAUGAGAUGUCUAAGCCAGACCUCCGGGCGGAGCUGGAGGCGGACCUGAAGCUGGUAUCGGAGGGGAGGAAGGACAAACAGAGCGUGUUGAGACACCACAUUCACAAAUACAAGACGGUCUUCGUAGAGUCUGUCAAGAAAGCCAAGAGGUUGGACGAGGCUCUGUCUAUCUAUCUGGGCGCGGCCCAGGAGUUCAGCGAAUCAGAGCAGCAGGAUAUGGAGAUGCCCCUCCCAGUCAGGAAGUGUCCUCAGUGUGGGCGGGACAUGGUGCUGCGGAGGAGGAAGGAGGGGAACGGGAAGUACCUGUCUUGCGUUGGUUACCCAGAAUGCAAGUGUUCCGUGUGGUUUCCUGACACGGUGUUAGAGGUCAACAGAGACGAGUCUGUCUGUCCCACCUGUCAGCCCCGCCCCGUUCACAUGUUAAAGUUGAAGUUCCGACGGGGCAGCCUCCCUCCCAUGAUGCCGCUGGAGUUCGUGGGCUGCAUCGGAGGGUGUGACGAGACACUGAGGGAGGUGCUCAACCUCAAAUACCUCAGAAUGGGUGGAGGGGGGGUGGCGGGAGGAGUAGGAGGAGCUGGGGGAGGAAGAGGAGGAGCUGGGGGAGGAAGAGGAGGAGGAGGAAGGGGAGACACUGCAACCAGUCAGCCUAGACCUCGCCCAGCCCCCAGACCCAGACCGGACCCCCUGUCUCCCCAAGCCCCCAACCCCCCCUCCUCGUCCUGGCCCCCCCACCCUGACCCCCAGGCCCCACCCCCUGACCCCAGAGGUGGUGACAUCACCGUGUGUAACUGUGGGUCGGAGGCGGUCCUCCUCACGGUGAAGAAAGACGGGCCUAACCAGGGAAGACAGUUCUAUAAGUGUUCCUCUGGAGGCUGUAACUUCUUCCUGUGGAACGACCAGCCCAACACUAACAUUUACCCUCCAGGCCCCCAGGGGGCGCCACCCGGCAGGCCACACCAGCCCCCCAGGCCCUCCGUGGGGUUGGGGGGAGGAGAGGUGGUGUGUAACUGCAGUGAGCCGGCGGUUCAGAGGACAGUCCAGAAGGAAGGACCUAAUAAAGGAAAGGUGUUUCAUACCUGUGGGAGACCCAGAGAUCAACAGUGUGGAUUCUUCCUCUGGGCUGACGAGAACGUCCCACCGCCAGGUAACGAAACACACACGCUGUUAGAUCAACAGUGUGGAUUCUUCCUCUGGGCUGACGAGAACGUCCCACCGCCAGGUAACGAAACACACACGCUGUUAGAUCAACAGUGUGGAUUCUUCCUCUGGGCUGACGAGAACGCCCCACCACCAGGUAACGAAACACACACGCUGUUAGAUCAACAGUGUGGAUUCUUCCUCUGGGCUGACGAGAACGUCCCACCGCCAGGUAACGAAACACACACGCUGUUAGAUCAACAGUGUGGAUUCUUCCUCUGGGCUGACGAGAACGUCCCACCGCCAGGUAACGAAACACACACGCUGUUAGAUCAACAGUGUGGAUUCUUCCUCUGGGCUUACGAGAACGUCCCACCGCCAGGUAACGAAACACACACGCUGUUAGAUCAACAGUGUGGAUUCUUCCUCUGGGCUGACGAGAACGUCCCACCGCCAGGUAACGAAACACACACGCUGUUAGAUCAACAGUGUGGAUUCUUCCUCUGGGCUUACGAGAACGUCCCACCGCCAGGUUCAGGUUCUGGAGAGAGAGGAGGGGGAGACUGGGGGAAGAGGGGGAGGGAGACUGGGGGAGGAGGAGGAGCCCCCACCACCGCCAGACCCCCCACCGUCAGGAAACCCCGUACCUGUGGCAUCUGUCACAUGCCUGGACACACACGUGUCACCUGCCCUCAGCGCUGACCUUUAACCCCGGAUCCCACUGCUGCCAUGGAGAUGCUCUGUCCCCAGUGUGACCUUGUCCCCGACCUCUGAACUCUGAUGUGAUCAGGAAGCUCUGCGGUUGAUGUUUGAUAUAAACACAGAACUAGAAUCAGUUUACCUUCAACCUGACCCUAACCCUAACCAUCAGGAGGGGAUCCCAGACUGACCAGAGGUCAGCUUCUAGAGGUGUUAAACCAGGGUUAAUUUGGGACAGGAGUGGAUCCCAAACUGACCAGAGGUCAGGGUUAAUUUGGGACAGGAAUGGAUCCCAAACUGACCAGAGGUCAGGGUUCAUUUGGGACAGGAGUGGAUCCCAAACUGACCAGAGGUCAGGGUUCAUUUGGGACAGGAGUGGAUCCCAGACUGACCAGAGGUCAGGGUUAAUUUGGGACAGGAGUG